GAUAAAUGCACUUGAACCGACCGGUACAAUUAUAUCUGCUUGUGAAUUAGCUUUAAACCGAAGCAUAUGCAACGCGGCCAGUGGAUUUUGUUCCUCAGUAAAAAUCUGUCAGUUUCCGCCUCGAAAUGUGAGAAUUUCGGCCACAGUCUACUAAACAAACGCACUGGCCAGUGGCUAUGCCUUUGGUUUCAUUAUCUUUUGCUUCAUCUUCUUCAAAAGCCAUGGCUUUGUGCUCUAUCUGUCCUCGCAUCCCUCUUCGAUUCAGGCCAAAACCCAUUUCCCCUUUUCUCUCAAAACCUCAAAUUUGUCUCGCUUACAGGGUUUACUCUUCCCUGCAAUCUACUACUCCCUCUACCAGAGGACAAAACCCACAAGUUUCGAGAAAGAUGAUCGAAUACUAUAAUCUCCUUAUCUUUAUCCUUUUUGGGGUAGUCUUAUCUGAGGAAUUGUGGUUCGUAUGGCAGAUGAACUUGGAACUGUUAGCAUUGGGUUUCUGGGUAUGGGAAUCAUGGGUUCUCCAAUGGCACAGAACCUCAUCAAAGCUGGGUGUGAUGUGACUGUAUGGAAUCGAACUAAGAGCAAAUGUGAUCCUCUCGUUGGAUUAGGAGCAAAGUACAAGUCUUCUCCUGAAGAAGUGACUGCAACUUGUGAUCUCACAUUUGCAAUGCUUGCUGAUCCUGAAAGUGCAAUUGAUGUUGCAUGUGGAAAGAAUGGAGCCAUAUUUGGGAUUAGUUCAGGAAAAGGGUAUGUUGAUGUCUCAACCGUUGAUGUGGCCUCAUCAAUACUAAUCAGCAAGCAAAUAAAGGAUACCGGAGCCUUGUUCUUGGAGGCACCAGUUUCAGGUUCCAAAAAGCCUGCCGAAGAUGGGCAGUUAAUAUUUCUCACUGCAGGUGACAAGCCGCUAUACGAAAAAGCUGCUCCUUUCUUAGACAUCAUGGGAAAGUCAAAAUUCUAUUUGGGUGAAGUUGGUAAUGGAGCAGCAAUGAAACUUGUCGUCAACAUGAUCAUGGGAAGUAUGAUGGCAUCAUUCGCGGAGGGAAUACUUCUAAGCCAGAAAGUUGGACUCGAUCCAAAUGUACUUGUCGAGGUUGUCUCACAGGGAGCUAUCAAUGCGCCAAUGUACUCACUAAAGGGUCCUUCAAUGAUCAAGUCAGUGUACCCGACGGCUUUUCCAUUAAAGCAUCAGCAGAAGGAUAUGAGACUCGCACUUGGACUAGCGGAAUCCGUAUCGCAAUCUACUCCGAUUGCAGCCGCUGCGAACGAGCUUUACAAGGUUGCAAAAUCUUAUGGGUUGAGCGAUGAAGAUUUCUCUGCAGUAAUUGAAGCACUAAAAGCUGCAAAAUCCCGAGAAGCUUAGCUAAAGAUUUGUUCAAUGUGAAAAUGUGUUUUUUUUUGCUGUUGUAUGAAAAAUUUCAUCUUUACAACAUGUCAAUUGAUAAUUGUUAAUUUUAUAUGAGAGCAAGUUAAAAGUGUC